CUCUUUGGUUGAUUCUCUCACACCCUUUAGCUUUCUUCAUUCAUAGAUUCUCUAUUUUUGAUUUUGAAUUUUUGAAUUCUGUUACUUUUUUUAUUAUCACUAAUCUACAUAUAAAUACAAAAAUCCCAAAAAUGGGGAAGAUGAUGAUGAAGAAGCACACAUUAUCAAUAUCACACCAUUGUUGCUUCCUUCUAUCACUCUUCUCCAUUUUCACAUCCUCCAAAUCACACAAUUACUCAGAUGCCCUUUCCAAAUCAUUGCUCUACUUUGAAGCCCAACGGUCGGGCCGUCUUCCACACAACCAACGUGUCACCUGGCGUGAUCAUUCGGGCCUCACCGACGGACUUGAACAAGGCGUGGACUUAGUUGGAGGCUAUUACGACGCUGGAGACCACGUAAAGUUCGGUUUACCUAUGGCGUUUACCGUCACAAUGUUGUCGUGGAGCAUCAUCGAAUACGGCGAGUACAUUGCCGGUGCCGGAGAGUUAGAGCAUGCCAUUGAGGCAAUAAAGUGGGGAACGGAUUAUUUUAUAAAAGCUCAUACUAGUCCUAACGUGUUAUGGGCAGAGGUGGGAGACGGGUACACCGAUCAUUAUUGCUGGCAACGGCCUGAGGACAUGACCACGUCAAGACAAGCAUAUAAAGUCGAUGAGAACAAUCCAGGAUCUGAUGUCGCGGGAGAGACCGCAGCCGCUAUGGCCGCGGCCUCUGUUGUGUUUAGGAAAACAAACCCGCGUUACUCCUAUUUGUUAUUGCAACAUGCUCAACAGUUAUUCGGAUUUGCGGAUAAAUACAGAGGUAAAUACGAUGAAAACAUCGAAGUGGUUAAGAAUUACUACACGUCAGUGAGCGGGUACAAUGACGAGUUGUUGUGGGCGGCCUUGUGGCUGUACAAAGCCACCGAUAACCAUCGGUACUUGCGUUACGUGAUUGAUAAUGCCCAUCGAUUUGGUGGCAUCGGGUGGUCCAUAACCGAAUUCAGCUGGGAUGUUAAAUUCGCCGGUAUUCAAGUGCUUGCUUCUCAGUUACUUUCCGAAGAAAAACAUCAGACGCACAAAAGUAUUUUAGAACGAUAUCAAUCAAAAGCCGAAUACUACAUUUGUUCAUGUCUAGGGAAAAACAACGGUACCAAGAAUAAUGUCGGUUUAACUCCUGGUGGGCUCAUAUACAUUAGACAAUGGAACAACAUGCAAUACGUUUCUUCUGGGUCGUUUUUGACAAUGGUGUACUCAGAUCUACUCCAAAAAUCGAAUCGUAAAAAGCUCAAAUGUCAAAUGGGCGACGUAACUCCUCAAGAGCUUCUCCAAUUUUCAAAAUAUCAAGUGGAUUAUAUUUUGGGCUCUAACCCAUUAAAUAUGAGCUAUUUAGUGGGCUUUGGCCCAAAGUUUCCUACACGUGUUCACCAUAGAGGUGCAUCAAUCGUGUCCUAUAGAGAGAACAAAGGGUUCAUUGGGUGUACCGAAGGUUAUGACAAUUGGUAUGGGUCUAGUGACCCGAACCCGAAUGUUGUGUUUGGGGCAUUGGUGGGUGGACCAAACCAUAAAGAUGAGUUCUUUGAUAAAAGAGGGAAUUACAUGCAAACGGAAGCAUGUACGUAUAACACAGCACCACUUGUUGGGAUUUUUGCUAGAUUACAUUAUUUAGAGAAUGCGAUUUUACAUGCAUCGUAUUAAGUUAAAACAUAUAAGAUGAAGUGUGUAUAGUAUUUAAACGAUAUGUGAGUUUUUUACGGGCUUAAAUCGAGCCUGAAGUUCUGUUCACUCCAUACAAAACAUGUUACAUGUAUGUAUUAAAAUGUAAUAUAAUAAUUAUUGUAUUUUUCUGA